GGAAUGGCAGCAGGCGCAGGCAGUCAGCAAAGCUUGAGAAAAGCGUUGAAAACAGUUGGACUGGCGAAAGCCAAUGGUGAUUUUAAGGUAUUGGAUAUUGCCAUUUCCAAGGCCACAAAGCAUGGUGAUGCAUUACCAAAAGAGAAACACGUGACUACUAUACUACACGCAAUUCCAGCCUCAAGACCUCGUGCUGAAGUUGCUUAUUGCAUACAUGCUCUUGCCAAGCGCCUUUCUAAGGCUCACAGUUGGAAGGUAGCACUGAAAACCGUGAUUGUUAUACACCGUGCUCUGAGGGAGGUUGACGAUACGUUUUGUGACGCUCUAAUUAAGUAUAGCUGGAGCAAAGGUCAUAUUCUGAACAUAUCUCAUUCGUGGGAUGAAACAAGUCCAAGUGCAUGGGGUUAUUCUACCUGGGUUCGUUUAUAUGCAUCAUAUCUUGAAGAACGCCUGGAGUGUUUUCGUGUCCUGAAGUAUGAUGUUCAGAAAGAUCACUCGAGAACCAAGGAACUUGAAACCCCAGACUUACUAAGGCAAUUACCUGCCUUGCAACAGCUUCUUUCUCGCCUUCUUGACUGCCAGCCAGAGGUGGGGACUAUAUGUAAUGGCCUGAUUCAGUAUGCUAUUUCGAUGGUUGCAGGUGAAAGUGCUAAGUUGUAUGCUGCAAUUACAGAUGGUAUUGUCAAUUUAGUUGACAAGUUCUUUGAGAUGCAGCGCAAUGAUGCAUUUAGAGCACUUGAAAUUUAUAAGAAGUCGGGAAGCCAGGCAGAGAGGUUAUCUGAGUUCUUUGAGAUCUGCAGGAGCCUUGAUUUUGGACGGGGGCUGAAAAUGAUUAAAAUUCAACAGCCCCCUCAAUCAUUCUUGACCACUAUGGAAGAUUAUGUGAAGGACGCUUCCGGCUUUGUAAUGCUUCAACUUCCCCCGCCCAAUAAGGAUCAAACUGAGGGUCCCAAGGAAACUGUUGUGGUAGGUGACUUGUUAAUUGACCAUGAUGAUAAUGUGGAAGAAAAAUCGUCACCUGAACAUCCAAGGGGUGAAAAGAGUGAGGCUGCUGCGACAACACAAAUUGUUGACUUGCUGAGCUUUGAUGAAGUUAUCCCAGCAACAUCAGAAACAGAUAAAACCAAUUCCAUGGCACUAGCAAUCGUUCCUUCAGAGAAUCCAUCAGAUUCCAGAACAGAUGGUCUCAAUUCUACAACCUCGAACUCUAGUUGGGAGAUUGAACUUUUUGCACCACCUACUUCUAAUGGACAAACUAAGUUGGCUGGUGGGCUUGACAGAUCAACACUGGAUAGUCUGUAUGAUAAUGCAAUGGCAAGUACACCAAAUCAGAACAAUAUGUUGUGCUCCCCAGCCGCACUGGCACCCUCUAAUCCUUUUGAGGAUGUUGCUACUUCUUCAUACCAAUUCCAAGACCCUUAUCAUGCUUCCUGCAAUGCAACAACCCCAGCAAACUUACAGUUGUCAAUCAUGGCACAACAACAACAAUAUUUCAUGAUGAUGCAGCAACAACAAAUGCAGCAACUACAGUUACCCAGCACCAUCCAAAAUCCACCAAGUCCUGGCCAAAAUCAACUAAAUCUGUACCAAAAUCUACCAAGUCCUGGCCAAAUUCCACCAAGUCCUUUCCAAAAUUUACCAAAUCCUUUCCAUAGUCCACCAAGUCAAAUUCUACCAAGUCCUGGCCACAAUGCACCAAGUCCCUUCCAAAAUCUACCAAGUCCUCUCCAAAAUCCACGAAGUCCUCUCCAAAAUCAACCAAGUCCUCUUUGAAAUCUGCCAAGUCCUUUGCAAAAUCCACCAAGUUCAUUAACCUCUUCAGCGAAUCCUUUUUCUGAGAAGAUCAGUAAUCCUCCACCUCAAAAUUCGGACAAUGGCCUCAUAUAGCAGAUCGUCACAGGAAUGGUGUUCAAUUCCAGGCAUUGCAGUGGUCGCAGCCACAGUUUUCCGAGUUAUGCAUGAAAGAAUUAAAUGUAAAAACUCCAUAUUUAUCUGUUAGCCUGCUGGUGCUGCAAGUUGAUCAGCGCAGAUUUCAUCUCACAUGGAAGCCUAUAUCACUGUUAAUAUGAUUAUGUUUAACGAAUUAUUCUCUUAUGUUAAGAAAGGGAGGAAAUAUCAACCUCCCAUUCCCACAACAAACGUUGGAUGGGUGAACACCCUCGUCAUUAUUAUUUUCAUUUCUUAGUUUCCUGUUGGUUGGAUUACCUACUUAUCCU